ACUUCGACUGAGAUUGUUCGCCUUAAGAUCGUGUGCUGCUUUGCAAUUUUUCCCUCAGUUGUAGUAGGCAACCACCAAAAUCGUCCACUGAAGUAGGCGUAAAAUUUUUAAAUACACUUAAUAACUUCAGGACCUGUAAUACGUUGGCUAGUGCACUUCUACCAUGUAUUUGACGCUUUUGCAAAAAUUCAGACACCCAUGUUAUUCUUUUCCUUGCUGCUUUGCUUUUUGCAUCACCAACAGAGCAGCUGCCCUACACAACAAUUCUGUCUGGAUAUCACUGUUUUUCUUCACAACUAUUACUGCAGUGUAGUAUCAGACUGUGCUAUUACACGACGGUAGCAUUCUAUUGGGUGGCUUCUAUGUAUGUGAGUUUAGCACCAAAUAAACGAAACUGCAUCGUUCGCUUGUGUUUGCACCAAGGAGUUUUAUUUUGUACUUUCAUGGUCCGUACAUUCAUUGCUCCUUCGGCAGUGUUGUCUUUGGCUUAUUUAAUGUAAACGCUAGUUCCGAAGUACAAGUAAAUAGUAGUGAACACUGGCGAACUGUUCUCCGGUAUGCUUGUUCGCAUGUAGUUACAGGGAAUUGACGUGACGUGACGUGACGCGACGUGACGUGACGAACAGUGUGAAUAUACCCUGACGUGACGGCCAGUGUGAAUUGGCCGUUGCAAAAGCGCGUAUGGUUAUAUCAUUCUUGAUUCUACACAGUAGAAGUUUUGCCUAAUGCCAACAGAUACGUCACAAUUAAACGAACUUCCAUUUCUAAGAUAAUUUUUUAGUUAUUCAAAGUAAUUUUUAUUCCUUUCUUGCUGUCAAAUACUGCACCACUGAUUGGCCGAAAUCACAAACCACAUGAUACGUAGCAAGCAAACACUCAAUUAGUGGGAGGCUAGGAGUGUUAUUGAAGACUCAAGACUGCGUCGGUCAUCGGAAAUAUUCUGUAAUGACUGGAAUCGUGGAUUUACUUGCAUGCAACAUUAUAGAGCGAGAUAGUAAUGGUGAUGUAUUGUGGACAUGGACAUACCCGUCCCUCACGGACGCGCAUCAGCAACAGCUGAUGAUAAGAAAAUGUGGCCUGGACGGCGAUCACGUAUCGCCGCAGCCGUUUGUAUUCGGUCGUUACGGGAAGAACUGGUAUUAUAUCAACUGCACCGAAGUGUUCGAAUCUGACAAUCUACCAAGGCUGAAGCAGUUUGCUUUAAUCUUAUGGGCUAAGGACUUGAAUCCAGAGAAAUACGAGACAUUAUGUAGAAUACUGAGUAAAACCUACUGCAAGACUGGAAAUCCAGCUGUCAUGUUACAGCUAUAUUUGUCUGUAAUCACGAGAGGUUCCUGCACCACGGAAGAAAAUGGGACUUUUCUGGCAAAGGAUUUUGAAUCUAGGAAAAACAUCCCACACACCACGCUGAAAGAGCUGAUACAAACAUUUGGUUUAGAAUCAAUAUUAAUAUAUACUGGCCUGCUGCUGAAGAAGAGGAUCAUUGUUUACCAUCACAGCUUGGAAGCACUGUUAAAGUGGAUCCGUACUUUCCCUGCUAUGAUGUGGCAUCGAAAAUCAAAUGAUAUACUCCAUCCAUGGGUUGAUAACACCCCUGAAGAAAUUCUUGAUCUGAAGAGUAACACUUACUAUAUAGCUGGAUGCAAAGAUAGUGCUGUAUGUUCUCGACUGGAUUUGUUUGAUUUGUUAGUGAAUCUCCCAGCUAGAGAGAUUACAGUAGCGCCUCAUGCAAAAGAAAGUAUGGCUAUGACUAAAACACACAAAGACAUAGCAGUCUUCAUGGUACAGCUGGCAGACCAGCCUAAUAUUACAGAAGCACAGAUGAUCAGAGAGCUUGCUGAAAAGACAAGAGAUCUUCUACAGAAUCUAAGAUCACUGGCAACUGUAACUACACCAGAUGGGAAGAUGAUGGUCUCAGUUGAAACACUCCGUGAGAAGAAUUUUCCACAAGCAUUGGACAAUUUUCUUUUCAAUCUUGCUGUUGCCGAGAAUAUGAUGUUGCUAUAAAAUACAAAAAUACAUUUUGUUAUGAACUUUAUAAAAGCAUGUAACUUUAUGUAAUAAUGAAGCUUGUUCACAAGAUACUUUGAAAUCAAAUUUACUAGUUCCAACCA